AUGACAUCUGCAAUUCUGACUCCCCAACAGAACCCAUCUUGUUUCUUAUACGGUCCUGGAGAUGCCAGGUUUCAAGAUGGACCAUUUCCUGAGAUCGAGGACCCGCACGAUGUCAUCGUCAAGAUUGCAUACACAGGUGUCUGUGGUAGCGAUGUCCAUUUCUGGACUGAAGGUGGUUUUGCAAGAAAAGUCAGCCAACAACAACCCCUUGUGAUGGGCCACGAAGCCUCGGGCAUAAUCCACAAAGUCGGCCCAGCAGUUUCCCAACUCAAGCCGGGAGAUCGCGUGGCUAUAGAGCCAGGGUUCUCAUGCAAGAGCUGUAGCUACUGCAAAUCCGGACGAUACAAUCUGUGCCGCAAGAUGAAGUUCGCUGCAGACCCUCCGUUCACUCAUGGGACACUUUCUCGCUUUUUUAAGAUCCCUGAGGAUUUUGCUUACAAAAUCCCCGACUCCAUCAGCCUCGAAGAAGCUGUUCUAGUCGAGCCCCUAGGUGUUGCUGUUCAUGGCGUCCGUCUUGCUGAUAUACGACCUGGUCAGAACGUCAUCGUGCAAGGAGCCGGAACUGUUGGAUGUCUUACUGCAGCAACCGCGAGUGCGUAUGGAGCCAAGAAUGUUGUUAUUACAGACAUUAACCCUGAUAAACUUUCAUUUGCGAAGGGAGUUAUGGAUUGCCACACGUUCCAGCCCCAGCUAGAUGCAACUCCUGAAGAAGAAGCUGCCAGACUGAAGCAAGAGGCAGGUUUUGAUCUAGGCGCCGACAUAGUGCUGGAAUGUACCGGGGUUGAAAUAUCAGCACAUACAGGCAUCUUAUGCCUAGCACCAGGUGGAACGUUCAUGCAAAUUGGACUGGGCAAGCCCAUACAGUCUCUACCCAUUCACGCCAUGUGCGAGAAGGAGAUUACCAUGAAGACUUGUUUCCGAUACGGUCCCGGUGAUUUUGAAAUUGCCCUGGGCCUUCUUGAAUCACACAAGGUAUCAGUUUCGUUCUUUAUAAGCAAUGUUGUUCCAUUUGAGAAGGCACCUGAGGCGUGGGAAAGGACCAUGAGAGGAGAAGGAAUCAAGAAUCUUAUCCAAGGAGUGAGGGAUUGA